AUGGGAGGCAUGUACCUGCACUACGAUGGCAGCGAGGCGGGCGAUUCCGACGACGAGAUGGAUGACUUCACGCAUUCCAUCAACGGCGGCUCCGGUGCCGUGGUCGCCACUCCGAACGGCGCCACCCACCGCCAAUACAUCCAAGACGACGACGAUGAAGACGUGGAGGAGCUUCUUCAACAAUGGAAGCGGACGUUUCCCAGCAGAUUCAAGCCGGCAGAGCUGAGUAUGCCCGAGCUCAUCACCUCCCUGAGUCGUGCUCUCACCCUCGUCAACUCUGGCGAGGAGCACAUGGAGACMGUCAUCAUGGCGCUUACGUCUGAGGGAGGACUCAAACGCCUGCAUCAGCUUCUGGACCGCGACUUCGAUAAGUUCACCGACAAUGUGCUGGGUGAUGUUUGGCGCCGCUUGAUCCUAGUCUACUUUCAGAUCCUAUCUCACGACACCGUGCUGAGAUCAGAGGCCGUCGACCGCCGACACGCAACACUCCUGGUAGACCUGUACGGAGAGCAUGGAAAGCGAGGCUCGUCCGUCUUCAACGCAGCUCUUCGAAGUCUGUCAUUCCAGGCCAAACAAAARAACAUCGCCGCCCACACCACUCAGGAGCAUGUGGAGAUCUGCAUUUCUGUUCUCUCUUACAUGCUAGCGCAGAGUGAUUCGAGCAUUGCCGCAGAGCUUCGCAAUGUCACAUCAUCCAUCAUGUCAAUGUUGAACGGCCCUCAUCUCAGGAGCAAUACCUCCCAGCACCUGCUCUCUCUUCGUGGAAUCAUCGAUCAAUCAAAGCUGAAGGUAGCGGGUGCUUCAACGCCGCUAGUUGUCGUCGAGGCUGCGGCAGCACCGAUACCAGCAGAUCUUGCUUCGACUCCGGCAGCAAGUGUCUUAUCAGUGCCUCGGGCUACUUCAGAGGCAUCUAGGGGACCAGCUCCGUCCACCUUCACCCUCAGAAAACCAACAACCAAAAAGUCAUCGACCCUCACGAUUAGGAAACUGAAAGCAGCGUCUUCUCCUACUCCAGGUGCUCCUACCAGCGCUCCAUCUGCUGCGCCAAAGGCCUCUUUUGCUGUCGCACAGAAUCCGACAGGAGGCGUUUCGCGCCCGACUUUCACCAGACACAACAACGACAACAGUUCCAUUGACAAGAUUUCGGUACUCCCGACACUCGAAGAAAUCUUGUGCGACACAGCGCCGUAUCUACCGCGCGAAGACCCGUCAACAUGGCAUAAACCUGGUAUGCCUGGGGUCAUUGACCGUCAUUUCCGUCUUGUGCGGGAGGAYACGGUUGGCCAACUUCGAAUCGCUGUGAAACUCGAGCUUGCCGCACUUCAGAACAUCGAAGCCACUCCCAAGCCGACAGCGUCCUCAUCAUCUGCCCACAGCAUAGCAGAAAUCACGGGCGCCCGAACAAAUGUCUAUCCCGAUGUGGGUCUUGACAGGGUGCUCUUCCAUCCACAGAAGGGCAUGCAGUUCAUCCUGACAAUCCGUCAGGCACCUUCCGCGUCGAACUUACGCAAUGGUCCGGAUCGCGAUGCUUGGUGGAAGCGACAACAGAGACUCGGUCCCGACUCGUUGAUCUGUCUAAUCUCUUCUGAUGGUGGAGCGCACUUCCUGGUUGUGCACUGUCCCCCACCGCCUAAGCCUGGUAAGCCAUACGGCCCGAACGCCCUUCACAAGAAGUUUUCUCUCGGAGCGAGCAGAGAUCGUGCCUUUAUUAUUGCAGAGCUUGCAAGCACCAAUCCGGAUGACRCUUCGGCUCUUCUUAGGACGCUCGCCACGAGCACAGCCACGAAAGUCCGUUGCUGCCUGGUUGAGUUUCCUGGGCAGAUUUUACAGUCUUUUGCCCCUACGCUCGCAGCUCUACAGAUCAUGUCGACCAAGAUCGGCGAGAUCCCCUUUGCCGACGCUUUGACGCCUGACUUUAAGGGUUUUAAGCCCUCACCUCCGGCCUACUCCCGUGCACGAGGUUUCCGGUACCAACUUCAGAAACUAUUGCCCGAGAGUGAACGUAGACCGUAUGGCCGUGCAGACGUGGACUCCCUUCUCAAACGAAGCGUUCUUGAUGACGUUCAGCAGGAUGCGGUCAAACACGCCCUGACCAACGAAUUGGCAUUGAUUCAAGGCCCUCCAGGAACUGGAAAGUCGUUCACCGGCGUCAAGCUCAUUGAGGCUCUACUAGAGAACAAGUAUGCCGCGAAUCUCGGGCCAAUCGUCUGCGUUUGCUUCACAAAUCACGCCCUCGACCAGCUUCUUGAGCAUCUUAUGGAUGCCGGUGUUGAGAAUGUGAUUCGCAUGGGCUCCAGAUCCAAGAGCGAACGACUUGCUCCCAAAAACAUCCGUGAGGUUGUUAUGAACUACAACCUUCAGGGCAGCGAGGGUCCUCAAAUGGGGCGGGCCCGGAAACGCAUGAAGAAGACUAUGCGGAAUGUGGUAGCCCUCAUCGAUCGAUGGUACGGCGUUCUGACAUCAAAGCAAAUGGAAGAUGAGGAGAUGACGACUUUGCUCGCGAGAGAUCAUCCUGCUUUUCACAAUCAGCUCAUGGCAGGGAAUACAGCGCGUGGCCACUUCGCGCGAACACCAAUUCAAGAGUGGCUCCAAGGCGGUAGCACCGGUGGCCGCGGCGCGGUGUUUGCCAUGCCGAUCGCAGAUCGUAAGGAGUUUCACCGGAAGCUUCUCGUUUCAAUAUUUGAGGACAUCUACCAGGAGCUUGAAUUUGAGCUCCAGUCAUUCUACGAUCGGAGAGGCAGCAUCGAUGUUGUACGCGGUGAAGUGGACUUGCGAGCGCUCGCCCGCGCAGAUGUGAUUGGCGUCACAGCCAGUGGCUUGGCUGGGAAGUAUAAACGCUUGCGAAACCUCAAAUCAAAGAUUGUUGUGGUGGAGGAAGCUGGUGAAGUCUUGGAAGCUCACCUAUUGACCGCUAUGCUCCCAUCAGUCGAGCACGCGAUACUCAUCGGUGAUCAUCAGCAACUCCGGCCCAAGGUCAACAACUACGAUCUCUCAAUCGACAAUCCGUGCAGUCGAAUCACUCUGGAUGUCUCCAUGUUUGAGCGCUUGAUUUCCGCGCGAUACGACCUAUCACCCGGGCUGCCUUUUGUCACCCUCGAGAUGCAGCGCCGCAUGCAUCCAACCAUUUCCAACCUCAUUCGCUCAACACUUUAUCCCAAUUUGGGAGACGCUCCCAAUGUUCACACCUACCCACCGGUGGCAGGCAUGGCUAGGCGGCUCGCUUGGCUUGAUCACAGGAAUAAGGAGGAUGACACGAGGAACAACCCACAGAGCGUCUCGCAAUCGAACAAGUGGGAGGUGGGCAUGGUUGCUGCUCUCGUUGAUUAUCUUCAGAAGCAGGGUACCUACUCCGCCGGCGACAUCGCAGUCCUUACGCCGUACUCGGGUCAGUUGAAGUUAUUGCAAGCCAAGCUCGAAACUACCUGCGGCAUCAUGCUGAGUGAGCGAGACAUGGACGAUGGGAUCCAGGCCAGCGGUAAUGGUGGCAGAUCGCGCAAUGCCAUUCGCCUCAGUACUGUGGACGCCUUCCAAGGUGAAGAAGCAAAGGUCAUUAUCAUCUCAAUGGUGCGGAGCAACGACAAGAAGCUUUGUGGCUUUCUCAGCACCACGAACAGAAUCAACGUCCUGCUCUCUCGUGCCAUGCACGGCAUGUACGUUAUCGGGAACUCUCACACCAUCUCGGAAAUCCCCAUGUGGCAGACCAUUAUGAACCUCUUCAAGGUUGAGGGUAACUUUGGUUCUGCGCUCGAGAUUGCCUGUGAACGCCAUCCUGAUACAGAGGCCCCACUCCUGGUCCGCGAGCCAAGAGAUUUCUCGCGUGUUUCACCAGCCGCUGGGUGUAAUGCCGAGUGCGGUGAGCAGCUUUCUUGCGGCCACUUGUGCUCUGAUAGAUGCCAUUCUGAAGCAGUGCAUAACCGUGUGAAAUGCAAGCAAUGCACAACCGUGUGA